CUGAAGAGCAACAACCUGGAUGCAGAAGUUACGGAGUCAGAAUUGGAAGCUGAAGAAAAAGAAAUAGAGGAAGAAUCCACAAAGGAAUCCGAUAGCAACAUUUUGGAUGUAUCAUCUGACUAUCUAAGAGAGAAACAUAUUUCAAUUCAAAGACACCUUGCUGACCUAGCAAAACUAGCUGACCUGAGAGAAGGUGAGUGUACUGUGGCAGUGUCCCAGAACACAGCUCUUCGUGUUACAGAGGAAAAGAAGCCUUGUCCACUGUGUCCUGAGGAGAAGUUCAAAGCUUGUUAUGGUCAUAAGCUCCAUCGUCACCUUCAGAAUUUGCACUGGAAAGUUUCUGUUGAAUUUGAAGGGUACAGAAUGUGCAUCUGCCACUUAUCUUGUCAUCCAGUAAAACCAAACCUCAUUGGAGACCAGGCAUUCUCAAAGAUGGGAGCCCAUUACCACUGUAUCAUCUGCUCAGCAACCAUCACACGGAGAACGGACAUGAUAGGUCAUAUUAAUCGUCAUGUCAACAAAGGAGAAACUGAAUCAAGGUUUAUUACAGUUCCUGCUCCCAAGUCUUCUCAUGAAGUGCUGAAAGAAUUGGCCACAGAUGUGAAGGUUCUUCCCAACCACUCCACACCUCAUAAAACAGAUUCCUAUUUUAAUCCUAAAAUGAAACUCAACAGGCAAUUGAUAUUCUGUGCCCUAGCAGUUUUGGCCGAGGAACGGAGUCCAAUAGAAUGUUUGGAUGCCUUUGGUGCCACUGGUAUAAUGGGAUUACAAUGGGCAAAGCAUCUCAGGAGUUCUGUGAAAGUUACAAUUAAUGAUAGUAAUGAAAAUUCUGUGACAAUGAUUCAGGAAAACUGCCAGUUAAACAAAAUGAAGGUGAAAUUGAUUACUAAGGAAGAAGGCAACAAUGAAACUGUGGGAGACGGAGGAGAAAAUACUGACACCAUUGAGGUGACAAAAAUGGAUGCCAAUGUUAUAAUGCACCUGAGAGCAUUUGAUUUUAUCCACUUGGACCCCUUUGGAACUUCUGUGAAUUACCUGGAUUCUGCCUUUAGGAAUGUGAGAAAUCUUGGAAUUGUGUCCUUGACAUCCACAGACAUCAGUUCUCUCUAUGCCAAGGCUCAGCACGUUGCCCUGCGCCAUUACGGAUGCACUAUUGUCAGAACCGAGUACUACAAGGAACUGGCAGCCAGAAUAGUCAUUGCUGCUGUGACAAGAGCUGCAGCUCGCUGUAACAAAGGCAUUGAAGUUUUACUGGCAGUAGCUCUAGAACAUUUUGUUCUAGUAGUGGUCAGAGUUUUAAGGGGACCAUCUUCUGCAGAUGAUUCAGCCAAGAAAAUAAGAUACCUCAUCCAUUGCCAGUGGUGUGAAGAGAGAAUUUUUCAGAAAGGGGGUAAUAUGGUAGAAGAAAACCCCUAUCAGCAGCUGCCUUGUGAUUGUCAUGGCAGCAUGCCUGGGAAGACAGCAGUGGCUCUUGGUCCCCUCUGGUCAGGAGGCCUCUUUAACACUGGGUUCCUGAGAAAAAUGUUGUUUGAGGCUGUCCAGUAUGGUUUAGAUGAAGUUCAGCCACUUCUGAAGACAUUAGUUUGUGAAGCAGAGUGCACAACUUCAAAGCAUUUGUCUACCCACAGUUCCUACGAUGAGAACAAACAAGAAGAGUGUGGUGUAUAUAUUAAAGCACCAAAUAAUUCUGCAGAAUCCUACUUGCUACAUGGCAAAAGAAAAAGUGAGGAGGUGAUUCGGAAUGCAGCCAAGAGACAGAAAGCUGAGCACAGUGCUGAGCACCCUGCUUUUUACUACAACAUCCACAGACACAGCAUCAAAGGAACAAACAUGCCAAAGUUAAAUAAGUUCCUAAACUAUCUCUCAGAAGCUGGAUACAGAGUAAGUAGAACUCACUUUGAUCCUAUGGGAGUUCGCACAAACGCGCCCUUGGCCCAAUUUAAGACUAUUCUUAUGAAGUACAGCACUCCCACAUACACGGGGGGCCAGGCAGAAGGGCCUGUCCAUCUAACUGAAGAUGUCCAGGCAGGAGAACCUGUUCAGGCUGCCACAGAAAAUGCUGGGUUUCUGGAAGAUGAUAAAUCUGGCAUUUCUGCUGCUGUGUUCACAAAAAACUACCCUACGCACUGUGCAGCUGAUUAA